AUGUCUAGUGAAAAUAAUUUUGGAGGUCGACCUUCAGCAACGACUGUUAGUACAGUAGCUGUCCAAAUAGGAGACUCAAGAAUUGUUGUAGCUAUACUAAAGUCUGGGAUGUGUGUGGAACUACAGCUUGUUGAAUCAAAACCAAAUCUACUUGAGAUUGGCAGUAAUCUGGAUGAAACCAAGAAAUUACUGAAUGAACAUGAGAUCCUUCUGGUUAAACUGAAGGCACAUGAAGAAGGUGUCAAAGAUUUGCUGCAUGAAGCUGACAGAACAGCAGAGGCUCAUGUAGACCAGAGUCAAUUGUACGAUGAGAUGGGAAAAACACUGGGAGAGAACUGGAAAACACUCAACCAACUGCUUGAAAGUCGCAAGAAACUUUUAAAAAUGGCCUCUGAGUUCUUUGAUCAAGCUCUGGAGUUUGCUAUAAAAAUUGAUGAAGCUGAGGACUUUCUGAACAGCACUCAGAUACUUGACGACCUGGAAUCUUUAAAGCAACUUCUUUAUGAUCAUCAACAGCUUAAGAAAGUUCUUUUAACAAACUCAAUGGAUCUUCUUAACAAAAGUCAAGAACUCAUCACCAUUAUCAAAGAGUUUAAGGCGCCUGGAUCUAAAAUGAAUUCUGAAUUAAUUUAUGGUGCUCAUAGCAGCUGCAUGAAAAUUGAGAGUCUAUUGGAAAUGCUACAGGACAGGAGGAGACAGGUGGAGGAACAAUCCUAUCACCAGCGGCUCAGUCUGGAAAAAAUUCUGCAACUGUAUCAGUGGGAGCAGCAGGUAGAUGAGGUGACGCAGUGGUUCCAGCACCAUGGCGAGACAUAUUUACAGAAUGAACAGCUGGGCUCAUCCCUGACUGAAAAUGAACAGCUGCAGCAAGAACACCGAGAGCUUGAGUGUAAAGCCAAGGAAUUCACCUCACUAGUUGAAAGAUUAAAAGGUGAGGCUGACGAGAUGUUGCUUAAUGCAGAGAUCACAGAAAAGGAACAGAUGGGACUUCAAAAUCAGAAAAUGCAACUGAUGUGUGAGGAGUUUUGGCUCCUCAUGAAGGAUCGAGUUGUGUUGCUUCAAGAGGCAUAUGAUUUUUUUAGAAGUGCAAAUAAGGGAUUUGAUGCACUGGGAGGCAUAGAGAAUAAGUUGAAGCAACUUAAUACGAAGACACUUAGUUUGCCAGAACUCUCUAAAGAACAUAAGACUCUGGGCCUCGCAAUUGAGGAUGCAACUUCAGAUGCUCUACUGAAGGGGGAAAUGCUCCUGAAUAAAGCUGACUCUCAGAGUUUCAGAGCCUUUGGAAUUUCGGAGAUGAUUGGCUACAUUCAACAGAGAGUAGAUCAGCUGACUGGACAAUGCUUUGCUGAUAAGGAAUUAACUUCAAAGAAACAACAACUGACUGCUUCAUUUGAUGAUCAUUUUGAAAAGGUCUCAGGGUAUCUUCAGGCAUGCAGAUCUCAACUUUCCAGUAAGUUAGAGCCAGGUUCCUGUCUUUCUGAAACCAAAGAUGUUCUGAAGAAGUAUCUGGAACUGUCUGAUCAAGCCAAGGUGAUAGCAAAUGAAUUAAAACAUAUUGAAGACAUCAUUAAACAGGCAGAAGCAUUUGAAGUCCCUGAAGUAAUAUCUUUUUCUGAGAAGUUUAUUACUCUGAAUGCAGAAUGGAAAGGAUUGUGUUGGAACUUGAAUGCACGAAUUGAUCACUUGCAAUAUUUCAUGAAAUUUCUGAAACAAGCUGAAGAGGUUGAAGCAUCUAUGAGAAGCUUCGAGGACUGUUACCAAUCUCUGACGGUAAAAGACAGUGAAGAAACUAUUAGGUCAGUGUUGGAGCUUGCUGAUUCCAAAUGGCAAUUAGUCCUUAAGAACUUCCUUAUUCUACAAGAUCUGGCAUUCAACUUCAAGAGUACAGUAAAUAUGAAAGAUGAAAGUUUGGAUUUAAACUUGAAAAAGUCAGAAAAUGUACUUGAAAGUACCAUUGAUCGGUUAGAUAAAAGAAAAUUGAAUCUCACAGAACAGUGGACAAGUUGUCAGCUUCACUUAAGCCAAAUUAGAUCAGUCAAAAAACAGUGGAAAAAAUUCAAAGAAGAGCUUAAAAAGGCAAUUCAUGGUUUAAAGAUGCUGGAAGAUGACCUUGUUCCAAAGUCUAAUCUUGAGCUUGGUUGCAAUCUUGAAACUAUUGUGAAAUUGCAAGAUAAGUUCAAUAAAGCUAAACCCCAAAUACAACAAUUGAAUGCUGAGGUAGAAUACAGAAUAAAAACAGCGGAACUUUGGACAUUGAAAGGCGUUUCUACAAAGGAAAGAAAUGAAAAAAUUAUGGAGUUUAUUAAGGUUCAUCAGCAAGUAAAGAAUAAAAUAAAAGAUUAUGAAAUGCUCCUCCUUCUGGCAAUUAAAUUUCAUCAUACAACUCAAGAGCUCCAGGACAUGAUGGAGUCAGGAGAGCUAGAAUAUCCUGAAAUAUUGACAAUCCCAGACAACAGCAGUCAAGCUAAGAUCCAACUCAGACUACAUCAAGAAAAUCAAGCACAUGUGUGUCAUUUGUAUAAAUUGUCCCUCACAUUAGCGACGGACAUCAUUUCUAUCACACAGCAUUCUAAAUCCAUCCAAGCUUCAGUGGACUCUCUUCAGCAAAAGCUUGAAGUUUUAGAAAGUGGCAGUGCCCUGUGGAGUGCAAAGGCACACCAACAAGCAGAAGAGCUGGAAGCAAACUUGCACUACUGUACCACAAAAGAAGAAAUAAGUGAGUUAAAAGAAUGCUAUAAAGACCUCAAGAGGAAGUUUAACAACUUGAAAUUCAGUCAUCUGAAAAAAAAAGAAAAAUUUUCCAAUCUGAAAGUCAUCAGGACUCAAGUCCAGCAAGUUGAAAUGUACAUUGAAAGAAUUGAGAACUUCAAAAAGAAAAUGCUUCAGUGUGCCACUAAAGUCAGUAAAGCUCUUGAAAUAUGCACGAACAAAGCAGAAGUGAAUCCAGUUGGAGAAUCCCUGAAUGAAUUACAGAGAGAUCUCGAUGAACUUAACAAGACAGUGGAGGAAUACAAACAAAAUUUGGACAUGACUGUACAUUUACAAAAGGCAAUGGAAGAGAGUCAGUUCUGGUGUGAAGACACGAGUGGUACAGUAGUCAGAGUUGGAAAGUAUUCUUCCGAGUGCAAGACGAAGGAAGCAGUGGCAGUUCUCUACAAGCAGUUUGAGAAGUUUGUAUGGCCUACUGUACCACAACAGGAGGAGAGGAUCCAACAAAUCACAGAAAUGGCAAAACAGCUAUAUGGUCCAGAAGAAGCAAAGAACAUUGUGAAGCAAAUGAUGACAAAACAUAACGAGAUCCUUGACUCAAUAAAGGAAUUGUGCAAUGGGUUAAGAGAUCUUGAAUCAAAACUUCACAAUACGACGGAUUCCAGUGGUUUCACCCAAUCAUCACCUGUGGAUCCAGACUUGCAAAUGACAUCUCAAACAAUGGAGAACCAUGAUCAAGAGGAACUGAUCGAGGCUUCAUCAAAGUCCAGUGUGGAUUUAGUUCAAGUGGUAAAAGAGAGCAAAGCACUAAAGUUAGCUUCUGAACGUGGCUCAGAUCACAGUCAUGUCCUGGGAUUACCCACAGAAGAUGUCCAGAGAGUAACAGAUAAAUUGAAGAUCUCUGGUGAAGGAGGCAUAAAUAAUCCGUGCUAUGUUACCAUUUUAAACCACCCAUUUAGAAUGAAACUACCUCAAACCAAAUCAGAUUUCCCAACAAAGUAUUUCACUGAAACUGAAAGAAGAAUUUUCACUCUUCAUCUUGCAGAAAACACACAAGAACACUCAAAACUUUCCAUGGAAGAUGUUGGAAACUACUCCAAAGUUUCCAAGUCUAAUUCUUCCAAAGAGUGUCAAGUAGAAGAAUUUGAAAACAGUGGAAAAUUGUAUAGUCAGUCCAAUCAGGAAUGCCAGUUUUCAUACAGACAUGAACCUUUAAAGGUUAAAUCGGAUGGAUUCAUGAGCAAUGAAAUUACAGAUUCAGUUGCAGAAGAUCCAAAUCGACAGGAAGCUAUUGAGUUACAUCAUCGCUCCACUGAUGGCAGCACAGUGACUGAGGGAGAUCUACAGAAUGAACUUUUAGCAGACGAAAAUCUGUCAAUAGAAGAAUACGAAUGUAUGUCACCUGACGACAUCUCCUUACCUCCGCUUCCUGAUACUCCUGAAUCAACUCUCCUCCAUUCUGAAACAGAAGUGGACAAAACCUCCAGACUAAGUUUUCACAGUCUGCAUGCUGGGUCGUGCAGUGGCCAGCCACAGAAGCAAAUAAGCUGUAGCAGAGUGAUGGACACAUUUGAAAACCUAGCACCUUUGACCCCUGUUGAUAAAAUAAAUCAUCCAAGGCCAUAUAGUGAAUUGGAAUGCCAUCAUGCAUCUGAUCCAAAUCCCAGCGACAAAUCUUGCACUAAAUACAGAUCAGAGUCUUCCUCCUUUAUUCACAGCCCACUGACAAUUCCUGCCCCCAGAAUUGUUUCAAACACGCUUUCACAUAUCUUAAAAUCCCAAAUAGUAACCAGUUCAUCAGUCUGUGAUUCUAUCCAUGAAGCGCAUGAGAGACGAUUGCAGACACAUGAUAUGCAUGAGAGUCUAACAAACCAGGAAUCACUGCAUGAUUCUAACGGUGAUUGUUUUAGAAAAGAAAUGAAUUCUAACCAAAAUGAUUUGUGUGUUUUGCCUGGAUCACUAACAGUACCCCACAAUGUACAAAAUAUAGUACAUGAUGCAGAUCACCGCAUGGAUAUUGUCAUCCACAAGGAAAUCAGACAUACGUCAAGAAAUGUGUGCAACCUGGCUUGCACUAAUCCCACCUUCUCCAAGAUGCUGUCCAAUGUCAGUGUGGUAGAAGGUUCUCCUGUGACCUUGGAAAUCGAAGUAACAGGACUCCCAGAACCAACAUUAACAUGGUACAAGAAUGGACAGAAGCUAACAACAGAUCAGCAUCUAAAAAUUUCACAAAAGGAGGGCAAACACAUUCUUUACAUUGAGAAGGUGUCAGAUAAAGAUGCUGGUACUUAUGUUGCACAAGCUAAAAAUUCUAGUGGUGCUGUCAGUUCCAGUGCUGUUCUUCAAGUUCAAGGUAACUGCCAUCUGAGAUGUUUCCACAUUGACUUCAUAGAUUGGUUCACCUGCCUUGGAGUGUUGUGUUUAAUCUACACUGGUCUGAUUCUUAUCUAUAUUCUAUUAACUUCACGCCUGUAAGUGUAUAUCACUUGGCAGCCUAUCACUGUGUCCUAAAGUAUCUGCACUCAUCACAAGUAAAAUCUUUGAUGUCUUCUAUAAUUUUAUUAAUGUAUUUUUGUUGCUGUUAUAUAUUUACAAUUGCUUAUUUAGCUGAUUUACAGAAAAUACUAAUAUUUUAGUACUUUUGCUGUAAAGUAUAUCUUCAGUAAUUCAGCACAAACUAGAUGGUUUCUUGUAUUCAAUAACACCAGUAAGAAUGUAACAUCGACUGUCCAAUUAUAGUCAUGUAAGAAAACAUGUACUACAGAUUGAAAACGGAUGAUAACUUUAAUUACCUUUUCCAUUAUUGGUUUAAACAGCCUGACCCUUUACAUAGAAGUAUUUUAGAAAAUUAUGAAGGUGACUUUUACUUCUUAGCUCUUACUACUUUUGAAAUAAAGGCAUUGUUAAUCCAUGAUAGAAAUGUAACAUGUUUUUAAAUUGUAAGCACAUGAUAUUGACUCAUUAAUCUUUAAGAAGUGUUUAUCUGCAAAUUUAUAUAGAGUUAAUUGCUGCUCUCAAAGAUCUUGAUGGUCACACUUCCCAAGAGUGGAAAUAACAUUAGAGGUAAAAUCACCCAGAAGUACCUCCGAAGUAAAAUCAUAUGAUGUCACAAACUUUUCCCUGCAGUCAAGUUCAAAAUAACACAAAAAAGUCAAUCAGAGAACAUCAUGUAAAAUUUCAAAUCUAGCAGAUUGAGUGGAUAGGGGAAAUAGUAAUGAAAAACAUUGAAUUUAAAUGCUAUGGUUAAAAAAGUGUUUUAUUGUAUCAUGGUUUAUAUAAUCACAUGCAAAGAGAUGUAAUGCACAACUUUAAUUAUUUUGAUAUUUUCUCUAGUAUAAAGCACCUCCAGGAGCAAAUUUUCUAGAAUAAUUUUAUAAUUUGGAAACAAUGCUCCCACGUUAAUACUACUCUACCAUUAAAAAGCAUUUUGCCAGAAGCACAUUUUGCUAGCAGAAUCCUAUUUAGUUAUACCACCCAGUAUCUCAUUUGAUGCCUAGGUGACAAAAUGGAUGAUCAAUGGUGCUGGUCAUACUUGAGUCUACCAGAUAGAACAUUGUGCAUUUUACAUUUCUACAGUUCAUUUUGAGUUUUACUCUUAGAACUCAAAAUGAACUGCAGAAAUGUAACAUGCACAAUUUUCUAUACAGUUGGGUUAAUUAUUUCCAUAUUUUCCAUAAUAAACAAGAGAUUAAUUAUUCAUAUUUGAAAUGUACUUUCAUAUCAAAUGACAGUAGUCCUCGCAUAGUUUAGCUCAUACUUGCAUGAUUUUUAAGCUUGAUUCGGAGCUGCCAGUUCCCUCGUAAUUCAUUCUUGAAACUAGCUUGAAAAUAAAUUAACUAUUUAAUUGCAUCCCAAAGCAUAAUUUCUUUUCAUUGUAAUAUGAUACGUUGGAACCGCAAUAUGCUGGAACUAGACUUUGAAUGAUAGCAAAGAAAAUGUAAAUACAAUUUAAUAGUAUUAUUCAUAUUUUGUAGAAUUACAUAAACAAUUAGCGCAAAAUUGACAAUGGUUAGGGGAAUAUGGCAGUUUAAAUCUAAGUUACAGUAUGUUGUGAGAAAUGUAGCUGGUGACUGUAAAUGUAUCAAAUAUAUCAGAGGAGAUUUAAUAAUAUGCCAUAUGGAGAUUUUCUUUUCAAUUUAAAGAUUGGUGGGAUCACAAAGCUGUUACGUGAUAUUUUUAUAUGCCAAAGUAAAACACUUUCAGUUGCUGUAACAGAAAAAAGGAUCACAUAAAUACUAUCACAUCAAAUGCAGCAUUUCAGAGCUACCAUGAAAAAGCAUUAUUUUGUGUACUUAAGUGAUCGUGGAAGAUAUUGAGGAAGCUAAGACAGAAAAUUUCAUGUUGAAAAAUUAUAAUUUGUCUCUGUGUAUCAUGAUAUUGCUGUGAUUAAUGUAUUUGUCUUUCAUAGAUUUUUUUUUGUUCCUCCUACCUGCUUUAUUGUGUUGAAACAAAGACGCCGUAUAAAAAGCAAGAUCAGUUCCUUCCUCCACACUAUAUUCUAUAAAUUUAAAAAAAACUUUAUUUUCCUCAUUUGUUUUUAUCUUCUUUUGCAUUUUAAUUUGGAAAACAAGACUCAAAGUUACCAUAAUACAUCUGAACCUUGUCAAUGUUUUGCACUGCAGGGUUCAAUCUUAAUAUUGGUACCACAACAAUGAGAAACUACCAAUAGAAAGGCCACAAAGAAAAAAUAUAAUCACCACACCCAGUUGCAAGGAUAGGAAUACUCACUUGAGUU